AUGAGCAUCACGGACGUCCUCAGUGCGGACGACAUCGCGGCGGCCCUGCAGGAGUGCCAAGACCCAGAUACUUUUGAACCCCAAAAAUUCUUCCAGACAUCAGGCCUCUCCAAGAUGUCGGCCAGUCAGGUGAAGGAUGUGUUUCGGUUCAUAGACAAUGACCAGAGUGGAUACCUGGAUGAAGAGGAGCUGAAGUUUUUCCUCCAGAAGUUCGAGAGCGGUGCUAGAGAGCUGACUGAGUCGGAGACCAAGUCCCUGAUGGCGGCCGCAGACAACGACGGAGACGGGAAGAUCGGGGCCGACGGUAUGUCCGUGUCCGCCCGUAGCGUGAGAGGCUAGCUCGGGGGGCACGCGGGGGGCCGCGAGACCCGCCGGCUGUGAGUUCGAAGCCCCCUUUCUUAUCCUUGCGGAGCCUCAGUCUCCUCACCUGUGCAAUGGGACUGAAGUGAGGGUGCAGGUGACAUGG